GGGCAAGAAGAGGGGAAUGGAGUGAUGGAGAAAAACAUGGGCGCAGGAGCCGCUAGCCAGAACUUCAGAUCUGACUUCAGUGGCAGCUUCCUGAACAGCCAGAAAAGGCCAGCCUGGGGCAGGCGGGUCACAGAAGGGGGCGUGUCUAGUGAUUAGGCCACGGCUUUCGGUUUCUCCUUCCUGUAAACGCCUGCACUUCUGGGCAGCGCCACCAGCGCCACCGGGUGCGGGGACUUUCCGCGCUGCGGGGCCGCCCUUCUUCCCUUCCUUGGAGACUCCUGCGCAGCGGGGACGCGGAGAGUUCCAGGCUGGGACCAGACCCUGAACAGAGCGCACGAUGGCUGCGCUUGCUUGGCUGGCGGCCGCGCUGCUGCUGCUGGUCGACUGGCUGCUGCUGCGGCCCGGGCUCCCGGGAAUCUUCUCCCUGCUGGUUCCGGAGUUGCCCCUGCUCCGGGUCUGGGCGGUGGGCCUGAGUCGCUGGGCCAUCCUGAGGCUGGGGGUCCGCCGGGUCCUCGGUGUCACCACGGAAGCCCAUGGAUGGUCGGCUGUUUUGCCGCCACUGGCAGCGGCGCUGGGUUUAGCUCAGCCGGGACUUGCCUUAUUCAGAGAGCUGGCCUCCUGGGGAGCGCUCCGGGACGGUGACAACGUUGGAGUACUGUACUGGGGCAGUCGCCUCGACGCUUUCGCUCUCAGUUAUGUGGCAGCAUUGCCCGCUGCCGCGCUAUGGUACAAGUUGGGGAGCCUCUGGGCGCCCAGCAGCCGCAGGGGUGCUGGAGACAUGGUGUGUCGACUGUUAGGCUUCCUGGGUUCCGAGAAGCGGCGCCUCCACCUGGUUCUGAUGCUCUUGGUCCUCUCCUGCCUUGGGGAAAUGGCGAUUCCCUUCUUCACCGGCCGCAUCACUGACUGGAUUCUUCAGGAUAAGACGGCUCCGAGCUUUGCCCGCAACAUCUGGCUCAUGUCCGUUCUCACCAUAGCCAGCACAGUGCUGGAGUUUACUGGAGAUGCUAUCUACAACCUCACCAUGGGCCACAUGCACAGCCGUGCACACGGAGAGGUGUUCCGGGCUGUCCUUUGCCAGGAGACGGGGUUUUUCCUGCAGAACCCAGCAGGUUCCAUCACAUCUCGGGUAACGGAGGACACAUCCAAUGUCUGUGAGUCUGUCAGUGACAAGCUGAACCUGCUGAUGUGGUACCUGGGGCGAGGCCUGUGUCUCCUGGCCUUCAUGUUUUGGGGGUCGCUGUACCUCACUUUGGUCACUCUGCUCACCCUGCCCCUGCUUUUCCUUCUGCCUCGGAAGCUGGGGAAAGUGCACCAGUCAUUGCAAAUGAAGGUGCAGGAGUCUCUAGCGAAGUCCUCACAGGUGGCCAUCGAGGCCCUGUCAGCGAUGCCUACGGUGCGGAGCUUCGCCAACGAGGAGGGAGAGGCCCUGAAGUUUAGGCAGAAACUGGAGGAAAUGAAGACGCUCAACAAGAAGGAGGCCUUGGCCUAUGUAGCCGAAGUCUGGACCGUGAAUGUCAGGUCAGACCUGCUUUCCUGCUCCGUCCUGCCCCCACCCACAUUCCACUCUGCUAUGCAGGUUCUGCUCUCCAUCUAUCCCUGGAUGCAGAAGGCUGUGGGCUCCUCAGAGAAAAUAUUUGAAUACCUGGACCGGACUCCUUGUUCUCCACUCAGUGGCUCGUUGGCACCCUUAAACAUGGAAGGUCUUGUCGAGUUCCAGGACGUCUCCUUUGCCUACCCAAACCAUCCCGAUGUUCAGGUUCUUCAGGGCCUGACGUUCACACUGCACCCUGGAAAGGUGACAGCGUUGGUGGGGCCCAACGGGUCCGGGAAGAGCACCGUGGCUGCCCUGCUGCAGAAUCUGUACCAGCCCACAGGGGGCCAGGUGCUGCUGGACGGCCAGCCCCUGGUCCAGUAUGAUCACCACUACCUGCACAACCAGGUGGCCGCAGUGGGACAAGAGCCACUGCUAUUUGGAAGAAGUUUCCGAGAAAAUAUUGCCUAUGGCCUGAUCCGGACUCCAACCAUGGAGGAAAUCAGAGCUGUGGCCAUGAAGUCUGGAGCCCACGAUUUCAUCUCUGGACUCCCUGAGGGCUAUGACACAGAGGUGGGUGAGACUGGGAACCAGCUGUCAGGGGGUCAGCGACAGGCAGUGGCCUUGGCCCGAGCUUUGAUCCGGAAGCCACGCCUGCUUAUCUUGGACGAUGCCACCAGUGCCCUGGAUGCCAACAACCAGCUACGGGUCCAGCGGCUCCUCUAUGAGAACCGGGGACCGGCUUCUCCAGCGGUGCUGCUAAUCACGCAGCAGCUCAGCCUGGCGGAGCAGGCGCACCACAUCCUCGUUCUCAAAGACGGCUCCGUCUGCGAGCAGGGCAGCCAUCUGCAGCUCAUGGAGAAGAGCGGAGGGUGCUACCGGGCCAUGGUGGAGGCUCUUGGGGCUCCUUCAGACUGACAGGCCUCUGGACCUGCGCUCUGCACACUGCCCUCCUUCGCUGUCCUCUGCUCUGUGUGGCGGAGACCCUGGGAGCAAAGAUAUCACCACACCCAUUGGCCUGGCUCAGCUGAGGAGCAAGAUAAAAAUGUAACACUUGGGAGAUGCCCGGAAUUUACCACGAAUGUUAUCCCCACUCCUGCCCCUUAGACUGGAUUGCAGGUACCUCAGAGUGACCCUAAACGUGGAAGACCUUGAACUCCGGAUUCUCCCUCCUCCUCUCUUCUGGUGUUGUUCUGGUACCACAGCACCAGAACCUGGUUUAUGCAAUGUUGGGGAUGGAAGUGAUGAGAAGAAAUGCUCAAAAUGAAGCAGCUUUUAAUUAACCAAAGGCAUAAGCUGGCCUAUGGGUAACCCGUGGGCUCUUGAUAUUUAUAAUAAAACUGUUGUUUUGUACUGUAA